AUGAAUUCCGAAUCAAUAUUUGAAAUUUUACAAAAGGAACUCCCAAAAUAUAACCCAAUUAUUCCAAAAAGAGAUACAAAAGAUAAUAUUUUAUUGGAUGUUUUAUGUACUGUAAUUAAUAAAUUAAUAACAAAUGGUGAUAAGAGUAAAAAUGAUAGAAGAGAAUUUUAUCCACCAAAUAGAAAACCACCAACAAUUGGAAUCGAUGCAUAUUUGGCAAGAUUAUUAAAGUAUUCACCAUGUUCAAAGGAAUGUUUUGUAAUGAGUUUAGUAUAUAUUGAUAGAUUCCUUAAACAGUGUGACUUAACCGUAAACAGUAUGAAUAUCCAUAGAUUGGUGAUUACAAGUCUUUUAAUAAGUACAAAGUAUUUGGAUGAUAUUUUUUAUAAUAAUGAAUUCUAUAGUCAAGUUGGUGGUAUAUCCUUAAAAGAAAUGAAUGGUUUAGAGGUUUGCUUCCUUUCAAUGAUGGACUAUACUGUAAAUUGUUCUUUGGAUGAAUUUGAUAUGUAUUCAAAACAAGUUGAAAAAGCAAAAAAGAAAAUGGAACAAGAUCAAUUACAAGCUCAAAUUGAUAAUACAAAUACAAUCCCAUCCUCUUCAACUACAAAUACCUCUUCUGUUGCAAAUACAACUGUUUCAAAUAAUACUUCAUCAAAUAAUUCUUCUUCAUCAUCAUCAUCAUCAUCUUCUUCUUCAUCAUCAUCAAAUAAUAAUAAUAAUAAUAAUAAUAAUAAUAAUAAUAAUAAUAAUAAUAAUAAUAAUAAUAAUAUAAAUAAUAACAAUAAUACCAAUAAUAAUAAUAAUAAUAGUAGUAGCAGUAGUAGUAAUAAUAACAAUAGUAAUAAUAAUAAUAACAAUAAUAACAAUAAUAGUAAUAAUAAUAAUAAUAAUAUAAAUAAUAACACAAAUAAUCAUACAAAUAUAAAUAAUAAUAAUAAUAUAAAAUCUUAUUCAACUAGUCAAAAUAGUGCUAUAGUAUAUAAUUAUUCGUCAACAGCAACAUCAUCAUCAUCAACAUCAUCCACAAAUAAUACCUCUAAUAGUAAUAAUAGUAACUCACCUUUAAAGAAUAACACAUCAAUCCCUAUGAGAAGAAGAGGUUCAUGUGAUUAUUCAACUUCAAUGCAAACAAACAAAGAUAAAGCUUUUACUCCUUCCACUGGAUGGGUCGCUUAA